GAGGGAGCAAAUGGAGGCUGAACACAAGAGCCUCAUUGCCAAGAUGAAAAGGGAUGAAGAAGAGAGAGAAACAUCCAGCAAGAAGGAGAAAGAGGCUCUAAUGAAGGAGGUGGAAAAUCUGGUGGCCUCCAGGGACCAGCAGCUUAAAACAAUGAAGGAACAUUACGAGGAGGCCACAUCUGACAUGAAUUUAAGGCUGAGGGAGAAACACGAGAGAAUCUUAUCUCUUGAAAAGAAAAGGGAUGAAUUGAAAGUGAGCGUGCUGAAGGCCUCUGAGAUAUGGCGAAUGAGGUCCAAACAAAUGGAAGACCUCGUCUUGUCUGAAGCCGUGACCACUGCUGUCAUCAAACAGAGGCUGAUGUCAGAAUUGAGGACUCAGGCUGAGACAUGGAUGUUUGGAAAUGCUUCAGAAAGUUCCACAGAUGGCCAUAUGAAGAGCAGAAAUGUACCAAAUGUUUUCCUGAAGUGGAGGAUUCGUAAUGAAUGGAGAAAACUCCAGGGGAAUCAGGCCUUCCUCAAUGAUGACCUUCAGAAUUUCUGCCUUAGCAAAGAAAUUGAGACAUUCAUACUGUCAAUGAAUGCUGCUCAAGAUAAGAUUAACCAGAAGUAUAAGAAAAAGAUUGACAAAAUCACAAAUGAGGCCAAGAAGAAGGAGGCCAAACUAGUUCAAGCUGAAUUGAAAGAGACAUCAAAGCUUGAGAAAAAGAAAAGAGAGAAAAUGGAAAAGAUUCAGCUUACAAGAAUACAUGCUGAGCUGAAGGAAGAGAAGAAAAGGCAAAUUAAAAAGCAGAGAGAGCGCAAACGCAGAUAAAGGAAGAGAAAGAGCAGGAAAAGGCAGAAGCAAAAGAACAGCGUGAGGCAAAACGGGCCGAAACAGAGAGUAGAGGGCAGAAUGAAUCCCACACCGGCAGGAGGAGAUUCUUCAGGGCAUGCUUCUAGGUCAACUCAAGGUCAACUGCUGAAGAGAGCAAGGAGGAACACUUUGCCCCAAACCCUCACCUAAAUCAUCAAAAGAGAACACUGGAGAAGAGGGAGUAGGUUUUCAAAAAGGAGACCAGCAGUUGGU